AAAUUAUGUAUUUUUUUUUAUUACACACAUAUUAGGCAUGCAUUGAGCACCAGUAUGGAUAAUAUCCUAAGAAGUAUAAAAAGGGGAGUUGGCUGAUAUCUCAUAAGGAGUGAUGGUCCCGUAUGAGCACCAUCAGUAGGUGGUUAAUUAUGGAAUUUCACUUUGAUGUUUGGGUGUUGGACAGAUACGAUGGUGUUGUUAGCUUACGUGGAAGCAAUUGCGAGUUUCUGAAGUUGCAUGGCUUGCAUGUUUCUGUUAGAAACGGUGCGCAGGUCCACUAACCAGGCUUCAAGGUGUAAGUCUGUUGUAGACAUUUAACCAUGAAAUUUCACUUUGAUGUUUGGGUGUUAGACAGAUACGAUGGUGUUGUUAGCUUACGUGGAAGCAUUUGGGAGUUUCUGAAGUUGCAUGUCUUGCAUGUGUCUGUUUAAAACGGUGCGAACGUCCACUAACGAGGUCUCAAGCUGCAAGUCUGUUCUAGACAUUUGUCGGUUCAUAUAUAUAAAGUGCAAGAUUGUUCGCUUUUGCAGUCUUCUUGCUUAGUUCUUUUGUCGAAGCUUUGAAGUUACUGCUAGCUGUUUAAGUCUCCUGCUGGUGCAAAUUGUUCAAGGAUCAUUAUCAAUGGCUGAUCGGUUAGUUUUGCUUUGUUAUCUGAGUUCUUGUGUUUGAUGUAUUAAAGCUUUUGACUUAUAUCUUUGGUUAGGAUCAGUUUUGAUUAUUUCUAUCUGUAUGCUUAUUUGUAUGAAUAAUUUUACAUUUUCUUAGACUGGAGCUCAAUAAAUUUCUUGCAUAAGUAUAUUUAUUAUUAUCGUUUAACAAAUAAACAAUGCCACCAAAAAGAAAAUAUGCUACUCUUCAAGAACGAUACCAGGAAAGAAAUAGGAGACGGCGAGAGCGUCGUGCUAUUGAUAGGUCAGAAGCAGGUGGGAAUUCUAGCACAGGCACUUCCACUAUAGCAUUAACGGCAAUCCAAAUCUGUCCUCAGUAUAUUGAAUCGGUAACUGGUGUUUCGGAACAACCAGGAAAAUCUAAUCAGCAAAAGAGAAGAAAGCGUGAUUCUUCAAGUUCAAAAGCUGCUAUGAUUAAUCUAGAUCAGAAUUGUGAUACUAUUUUGACUUCUACAGAGUCAGAAUCAAUACCUGUUGAAUAUAUUCGAUCAACAUCUGGUAUUCUACAAGGAGCUGAUAAUGUCUUAACUUCUGGCAAGUUAGAAUCCUUCCAAGGUACACAGAAUUCUCAAACAGCAAAUGUUAUUCACGCCUCUGGUAUUGACAUUCCUUCAACCAGUGCGGGGAUAAACAAUGAUAGUUAUCAAAUUGCUUCAAGUAGUACAGCAAUAAACAAUGCCACUCUUGGAUCUCAAAAACCUGCCCGGCGAUCUCAACAAUGUCGUCAAAGACAAAAAAGAGAUAUUCUGCGAGACAUUGCUACAGAAUCAAUGACAUUACCAGAAGCUCCUUCUUGUAAACUCUGUGGAGCAAAAAAAUUUCACUUAGAGCCUCCUGGUUUUUGUUGCUCAUCAGGUGAAAUUCGACUCCUUGAAACUGAGAUGCCUCGAGAAUUGAUGUUACUAUAUCUCAGUGACAAUGAUGAGGCUACAGACUUUCGCAAUUGUAUACGAAGCUAUAAUAAUAUGUUUGCUUUCACUUCAAUAGGAAUGCACUGUGAUAAGGAAUUAGGGAAAAAGUACAAUGGUAUAUAUACCUUUCGAGUGCAGGGUCAGAUGUAUCAUUUUAUAAAUCCAUUAGUUCCUGCUGAUGGUCAAAAGCCAGUAAAUUUGCAGUUAUAUUUCUAUGAUACUGAGCAUGAAGUAGAAAAUCGUCUGUCCAUAUCAAACAAGUUCAUAGAAAAUUUGAUAGCAAUGUUGGUUGAUCUAUUGAAAGUAAAUCCGUACUCAUCAUUUUUCCGUGGAUUACAACACUUGCCUGAUCUAGAUGAAUACAAAAUAAUGUUGCAAUCAAAUCCAACAGUUGAUCAGCACGUUUACAACAAGCCAACAGUUUCACAAGUUGGUGCUCUUUGGACAGAGUCACAGACUUCUGAUCAAACGAAUAGCAAACACAUUCAAGUAUAUUCAAAAAGUGGGAAUGCUCAGAUUGUGAAACACUAUUAUGGCUGCUAUGAUUCAAUGCAAUAUCCAUUUAUAUUUCCUAAUGGAGAACCAGGAUGGCAUCCAGGCAUAGAAAAACUUUCAAGUCUACAAAAUAAUGCUGCUUCAGGUCAAACCUGUCCAGGAGAAAGAACAAUUCCAGUAGAUAUGUUCAUGACUGCAGAAGAUGUUAUACAUGCUGAAAAUCAAGUUGCAGCAAAACGUAGCAAAAAGCGAAAAUAUGUAUCUUGCAGAGAAUAUUAUUGUUACAAACUGCAGAUCAGACAUGAAGACAAAUCAAUGCUCUUGCAUAUUGGAAGGCUACUCCAGCAAUAUGUGGUUGACAUGUACGUGAAGAUUGAAACAUCACGACUUGAUUUUUUCAAGAAUGAUCAGUACCAGAAUCGCCUUAGGACAGAGUUAUAUCAAGGUCUUCUUGAUAGCUUAUCAGCUGGACAAACCAAUGGCUCAAAUGUUGGUAAAAGAUUCAUAUUGCCUCGUAGCUUUAUUGGUGGUCCACGCGACAUGAAGCGUCGUUAUUUAGAUGCAAUGACUUUGGUUCAGCAGUAUGGCAAACCAGACAUUUUUUUAACAAUGACCUGCAACAAAAAUUGGCCAGAAAUCAAGAACCUUUUAUUGCCAAAAGAGAAGACAGAGAAUAGACCUGAUCUGGUUUCUCGAGUUUCUCGAGCUAAGUUGCAAAUGUUAAAGAAUGAACUUUUCAAGAAACAUAUUUUUGGCAAAGUUGCAGCUUACACAUAUGUUAUUGAGUUUCAGAAACGUGGUCUUCCUCAUGCACAUUUUCUCAUCAUUCUCAAGCAUUGCUCUAAGUUAUUGAGUCCUGAAGCAUACGAUCGCAUUGUUUCUGCUGAGCUACCUGAUAUUCAUAUACACAAGCAUCUGCACUCUUUAGUAGCACAACAUAUGAUGCAUGGACCCUGUGGACAAAUGAAUCCAAACUGUGCUUGUAUGCAGAAAAAUGAAAUUUGCAAAGACAAAUAUCCAAAACAAUUUGCCGAAUCAACAAGACAUGGUCAGAACUCUUAUCCAAUCUAUCGACGAAGUGAUGACAAAAGGACUGUCAAGGUUCGAGGACAUCAUUUGGAUAAUCGAUGGGUAGUUCCUUACAAUGCAUAUCUUUUGUCCAGAUUUGACUGCCACAUGAAUGUAGAGAUAUGUUCUACUAUACAGGCAGUUAAGUAUAUUUAUAAAUACAUCUAUAAGGGUUAUGACAAGAUACUAUAUCAAUUCAGCAAUGGAGAAGAAAAUCAGAUGCUUGAUGAAAUCAAGAACUUUCAAUCAGCCAGAUGGAUUUCAGCGCCAGAAGCUAUGUGGAGAAUAUAUAGUUUUGAUCUUAAUGAAAUGCAUCCCUCUGUAAUGACUCUACCAGUACAUCUAGAAAAUCAACAGCCAAUAACUUUUCCAGAUCAACAAUCUGUUGAUGAUGUUAUCAAAAAUGCACAUUUGAAGAAAACUAUGCUCACAGAAUUCUUUCAGAUGAAUAAGUAUGACCAUUUUGCAAAAAAUUUGAAUUGUCUAUAUACAGAUUUUCCUCAAUAUUUCGUAUGGGAUGCUAAGUCAAGAUACUGGUCAUUGCGACAGCAAAGAGAUGUAAUUGGAAGAAUUGCUGGAGUUCAUCCUUCUGAAGGUGAAAGUGAAAUAGAAGAGCUGUGUAUUCCCAUUACUGAAAUAGGACAGGAAAAUGAAGAUUGGGUUGCAAAAGCUAUUCUCAUUGAGAAAACAGCUCCUCGUAUCAGUAAAGAUGCAAGCACUACAUUCCAGAAAUAUCUCUUCCUUGACAAAGAGAAAAGUACAAUCCAAGCUGUCUCAUACACAAGAGACAUACAACCUCUAGAUCAAGCACUUGUCUUGUACUCUACAUACUACAUUGGCAAUGCAAAGGUGGAGCCUAUAACAAUAGAAAAUUUCAGAUACUGCACUUCACCAUUUCAACUAACCUUGACCGGAGGUACAUUCAUCAAAGAAGCAGAUCAAGAAAACCAGUAUCCUAUUGAUCAGUGCUACAAUUUUACACCAUUCAAAGACUUCUAUAAGUACAUGGAUACAAAUACAAAUUCGAUAACUCUGCUAUGCACUGUCAUUGGAGCUCUUCCCCGCCGCUUCAUUGCACGACAAAGAGGCGAUUGUCCAAUUCAAGAAUUCAUCAUCCUAAAUCAAGAACAAAAGCCGAUGAUACUUACAAUGUGGCCAGAAUUCAUUGACAUUGAAGCACAACACCUUCUGAGGAUCUUAAAUCAGUCCCCGACAUUGAUUAUAACAAGAGCCAAAGUGACUUCAGUGCAUGUUUUAUCUGUCGAGACACAAACAAUGAGUGCUAUCUUGUUUGAUCCACAAAUCCCUCAAGCACUAGAACUCAAAAGUUGGACCAAAGCAAGCAGACCUUAUAUUGAGCAAGUUUUAGCACAAAAACUUUAUGAUGCAGCUCAUCAAAGAGUCCAACCUCCUCCUGAAGAACAUAUGCACGACAUCAGCUAUGCACUAAAUACUCCUUAUCUGCCAUUCUGGAUCAAAGCCAAAGCAAAGAUAGUUCAACCUCAACAUCGACUCUAUAUCCUUACCUGUCCAGCUUCUAAUUGCAAAAAACAAACUGGAGCUCAAGCAAAUUUCAACUUCUUAUGCUGUCAUUGCAACAUGACAUUUGCAAAACCACUGCCAAGGCUCAAGUUCUUAGUGCAACUGUCUGAUAGUACUGGAACAAUUACUGCACAAAUUGAAGACCAGCAUGCUCAGCACAUUCUCAACAUCUGUGCUGAAGACAUACUCUACAUGACACUAAAGAACCAAGUUCCAGAUAUUGCAGACAUCAAUAUGAAGCACCAUAUGAGCACAUUUCGUUUUCAAGUCAGGAAAUUCACUCAUCCUCUACAAAACACAAUUGUAGCAAAGUACAACAUCCUGGCUUGUCUACCAAUUGCAGAUCCUACAGAAACACCCGCACCAGCAACCAAUGAAGCCUCAUCAUCAAACCUACCUGAUCAACAAAUUGCAACUGAAGAUUCAAGCAAAGACACAACCAAUCCAGCCAUCGCACAAGCUACAGCAACUAAGAAAAGAGAUCCACCAGCAACAAUCACUGACCAGCCAAAGCACCAAAAAAUCGACUAAAAUCAUGCACCAUUCCUAUGUUUUGCAUCAACUUUUGAGAUCAGUUUGGUGGCAUAAAGUCACCUAUUUUUGCCAAUGACCACCUUUUGCUAAUGUACAUACCAGCUUUUGCUACUUUUGUCUACAGUUCUUGAUCAAACCUUCUACACUAUAGUGAACAGCUUUUCCUAAUGUACGAACUACCAGAAUGCAAUGUAUGCACAUAUAUUAUAAACUAUUGCCUUCUGUAAAUUCACAUAAAAGUUCCAAGUUUCGACUUAA